ACACAGUGAAUGCUUCAUGGUGCUGGAGAUCAGAAUUUAUUUACCUCCCUAUAUCCUACGCUUUCUCAGCAGCUUCCAAGAGAACCGAUGGAAUGGAGGAGGUCUUAUGGCCGUGCUCCAAAGAUGAUUCAUCUAGAAUCUAACUUUGUUCAAUUUAAAGAGGAGCUACUACCCAAAGAGGGGAAUAAGGCUCUUUUGACCUUUCCCUUUCUUCAUAUUUAUUGGACAGAAUGUUGUGACACGGAAGUGUACAAAGCUACUGUCAAGGAUGACAUCACCAAGUGGCAGAACGUUCUCAAAGCUAACAGCUCAGUGGACUGGCUAAUUGUAGUAGUUGAGAGUGAUGCCAAGAAGAAGAACAAAACAAAUAUCCUUCCCCGAACCUCUAUAGUCGAUAAAAUAAGAAAUGACUUCUGUAACAAACAAAGUGACAGAUGUGUGGUACUUUCUGACCCUUUGAAAGACUCUUCCCGUUCUCAGGAAUCUUGGAAUGCCUUCCUGACCAAACUCAGGACGUUGCUUCUCAUGUCUUUCACCAAAAACUUAGGCAAGUUUGAAGAUGACAUGAGAACUCUGAGAGAGAAAAGAACUGAGCCAGGCUGGAGCUUCUGCGAGUAUUUCAUGGUCCAGGAAGAACUGGCCUUUGUCUUUGAGAUGCUGCAGCAAUUUGAGGAUGCGCUAGUGCAGUACGAUGAACUGGAUGCCUUGUUUUCUCAGUAUGUUGUCAACUUUGGGGCUGGUGAUGGUGCAAAUUGGCUGACUUUUUUUUGCCAGCCAGUGAGGAGCUGGAAUGGAUUAAUUCUCCGAAAACCCAUAGAUAUGGAGAAGAGAGAGCUAAUUCAGAAUCAAGAAGCUACUCUACUGGACUUGCGUAGCUACCUAUUUUCUCGCCAGUGCACGUUGUUAAUCUUCCUGCAGAGACCCUGGGAGGUUUCCCAGCGAGCACUGGAGCUCCUUCACAACUGUGUGCAAGAACUCAAGUUAUUAGAAGUGUCUGUUCCUCCUGGAGCAUUGGAUUGUUGGGUAUUUUUGAGUUGCUUGGAAGUCUUACAAAGAAUAGAAGGCUGCUGUGAUAGGGCUCAAAUAGAUGCGAAUGUUUCCCAUACAGUUGGUUUAUGGAGCUAUGCCACUGAGAAGCUAAAAUCUCUGGGCUAUCUGUGUGGACUUGCAUCAGAGAAGGGGCCCAAUUCAGAAGAUCUUAACAGAACUGUUGAUCUGUUAGCAGGGCUGGGAGCAGAACGCCCUGAAACAGCCAACACCUCACAGAGCCCUUAUAAGAAACUUAAAGAAGCCUUAUCGUCUGUAGACGCUUUUGAAAAACACUACUUAGAUCUAUCCCAUGCCACCAUUGAAAUGUACACAAAUAUUGGAAGAAUUCGUUCAGCUAAGCUUGUUGGGAAGGACUUGGCAGAAUUUUAUAUGAGGAAGAAAGGUCCACAGAAAGCAGAGGUCUAUCUUCAAGGAGCACUGAAAACGUACCUUGCUGAGGGCUGGGCGUUGCUUGUCACACAUACAAGGAAACAGUUAGCGGAGUGUCAGAAACAGCUUGGGCAAAUAGAAAAUUAUCUUCAAACAAGCAGCCUUUUAGCCAGUGAUGAUCACUUAACAGAAGAUGAACGCAAACGCUUCUGCCACGAAAUUCUAGAUUUUGCCAGUCAGCAAGCAGAGAGUCAAGGUCAAAAGGUUAUACUGUCUAUGCACUCCUUUGCACAGUUGAAAACUCUACAUUUUGAUCCUCCAAAUGCUGUUGUCCAUGUGGGUGGAAAGUUGUCUAUUGAGCUGACUUUACUGAGCCAAAUGCCCAUCCCUGUCCAAGUGGAUCAGAUUGCUAUCUACGUUCACUUCAGCAUUGAGAAAAAUAGUUACAGAAAAACAGCUGAGUGGCUCACUAAGCACAAAACUUCUAAUGGUGUAAUCAACUUUCCAAGCGAGGUCACAGGCUUUCCUUUGUCGAGAAACAGCUUGCCAGCAUUGGAGUUAAAUGAUAUGUAUGAACGCAGUCCUUCCGAUAACUCUUUGAACACAGCAGGAAUUAUCUGCAAAAAUGUGCACAUGCUGCUGCGAAGGCAGGAGAGCAGCACUUCUCUGGAUAUGCCCUCCGGAGUCACUCUAGAAGAUGGGGCUCACAUGUUAAAAUGUAAUGACUUAAUACUGGAACCAGGGAUCAAUAAAAUAACGUUCAAAACUCAGGCCAAAGAACCUGGGACAUACACGCUCAGGCAGCUGUGCACUUCAGUGGGAAAAGUACAAUUUGUCCUUCUUCAUAUAUACCCAAUUGUGCAGUAUGAUGUAUAUUCUCAGGAGCCUCAGCUAAAAGUGGAACCGAUGACUGAUAGCCUUUUGGCUGGCAUACCACAGAAGGUGAAAUUCACAGUAAUUACUGGUCAUUACACCAUGAAGAGUGGGGAUACUUUGCAGCUCAGUAAUGCUGAUGCCAUGCCUAUUCUGUACCAUCCAGAGAGCAAGGCAGUCAUCUAUUCCAACACAAGAGAAAAGAUCUCGGAAUCGUCAUUAAGGAUUCAGUCUUCUGAAAAGAUCACGAGCAUCAGUUUGCCAGUGACUCCAGCAUAUCAUGUGAUUGAGUUUGAAUUAGAAGUCAUAUAUUUGCCAUCAACCCCAGAAUUUGCAGUGGAGAGAGAAAAUACUGUAAAUAAAGAAGUUCAUAGGAAAAAUAGAGAGAAGCAGAAACUGGACAACCACAUGGCUACUGUUGACCAAAAAGUGACCAUUGAUUGUCCUUGGUCAAUAUACUCCACUAUUAUUGCAUUAACAUUCUGCAUACCUUUUAAUGCCAAGCAUUCCUUAUUGUCAACUGGCAAACGGAAAUAUGUGCAAGUCUGUAUACAGAAUUUGUCAGAGCUCUGUUUCCAGCUUUCAGACAACAGCCUAAAAAAUUCUGCUAGUUGUGCAGAUUUGCAGCUGGUACCUCUGAACUCUGAAUCUCAACAGGUCAUAUACAGUAAGCAAUCAAUAUUCUUUGUAUGGGAAUUGAAAUGGACAAAAGAGCUUCCCCCGUCCUUGCAGUGCCUGUUUUCAGUCAGCUUUUGUCCAGCUACCUCUGAAGAACAGUCCCUUACCCUGAAGCCGUUCACUUACGAAUUCCAAGUGGAAAAUUUUUUUACAUUGUAUAAUGUGAAAACUGAAAUUUUUCCCCCGUUGGGGGCAGAGUAUUGUAAAACAGGCUCACUCUGCUCUUUAGAGGUGUCAAUUACCCGACUUGCGGAUCUCUUGGAGGUUGACAGAGAUGAAGCAUUAACAGAGUCAGAUGGAUAUUGUACAACAAAACUGAUGUAUGAAGUUGUUGACAACAGUAGUAACUGGGCAGUCUGUGGAAAAAGUUCAGGAGUGAUAUCUAUGCCUGUAGCACCUCGAGCAACUCACAAAGUCCACAUGGAAGUGAUGCCACUCUUUGCUGGAUAUUUACCCUUUCCUGAUGUCAGAUUAUUUAAAUACCUCCCUCAUCAUUCUGCUCACUCCAUGCAACUUGAUGCUGAUAGCUGGAUUGAGAAUGAUAACUUGUCUGUGGACAAGAAUGUGGAUGAUCAAGCUGACAGCAGCAGCAUAAGGAGCAGAGGUAGCUUGCAUUCUGCAGCUAGUGGGGAGCACAAAGGUUUGCCAAUGCCUCGUCUACAAUCCUUUUCAUCUGGUCAGGUCUUCAACUGCAGCACCGGAAUGCAAAUACUUGUCAUUCCCAGCAAGGACGACCAUGUUCUGGAAGUCAAUAUCACAUGACAACUUGAUAUAAAAACAAAGAAAACAACCUUUAGAAACUGGAUAUGAAAGCACUUUAGAGGGUCAUGACUUGAUUAGUCUUUGCUGUAACAUUCUAACUUUAACCAGACCUAUGGCACUCAACACUUACUGGCCAUGGAAGCACCAGACAAUUGUAUCAAUUCAAAUGUACAGAGAAG